CAGUAGCAGUCACUCUUUGUGGUGGAUCGGCACAAGUCAAUCUUAUUUUAUAUUUGUGGUAAGUGCUUGUGCAGUUACACAAAAUGGAGGAUGAAUUACGUGAGUUGAGAGAUUUAGUAGCCCAACUAAAAGCUGAUAAUGAAAGGCUGCGGCAAGAGCCAGUGUUGGUUGCACAGCCAGGUCCAUCUAAUGUUACUAUUCCUGUGACUGCAGAUCCCCCACGCAUUGGUGCUGGUGCUUCGACAGCGGAGCGGUUUGUUUUCGUUCCCCGGGAUCGUAAGUGUCCACAGUUUAGUGGCCGGUCGGGCAUUGGCAUCAAUGAGUGGGUGGAGGAAGCCCAGGCCUGUAUGCGACUCCGCCAUCUGUCUACCGCUGAUCAGGCAUUUUUCUUGUUCGAUCAUCUGGAGGGAGAGGCGAGGGAAGAAAUCCGUUACCGGUCUAGGAAUGAGAGGGAGGAUCCGAAUCAAAUUAUUCAGGUAUUGCGUGAUUUGUAUGGUUGUACAAAGUCUUAUGUAGCGCUCCAGGAGUCGUUCUUUUCCAGAAGACAGCAGGAGGGGGAGACAUUGGUGGAAUUCUCCUUGGCUCUGAUGAGUCUUCUGGAAAAAGUUAAAAAUCAGUCGCCUCAUGGUAUGCCUAACGCUGAAAUUUUGCUAAGAGAUCAGUUUGUUGAAUACGUUAAUGAUUGCGCUCUUCGACGUGAACUUAAGCAAUUGGUGCGUCGUCAACCUACUGCCACUUUGUUUGACAUUCGCAGUGAAGCUCUUCGUUGGGAAAGAGAAGGCAUGCCUGGUGGGGUGCGUAGUCGAAGUCAGUCUGUUCCAUCCGCUUAUGGCAUUCAAUAUGGGGUGCAGGGACAUCAGCACGGUAACAACAGGGGUUCAGCAAUGUCAGAAAUGAGUGAACUACGGGAAAUGCUCAGAAAGCAGCAACAACAAUUGAAUCAGUUAACCCAAGGUAUGGCUCAGCUGCAAAAUCCCCAGUCACAUUCGCGACCAUUUAAGGCUAAUUUAAUUUGCAGAAGGUAUCAGCAACCUGGCCAUUUUUGCCAGGGAUUGCGAUGGGGAGCGGAUAUCUGUUCCACCAUCAGCCCGUUUGAAUUCUGCUUUAAUGAGAGGUGGACAGCCAUCAUCCGUGCAGCCGUCGGAAAACUAGUUCCCACCGAGUUGCAGGGCCACAACUUGGUUGGGAAAAGGAUAGGCUCCAAAAAUGUAUCUGGUUCUGAUUUUAUGUCACGCUUUAUGUCUUCUUGCCCACAGCUAGUUGUAUUGAUGGGUGGGGUUCAGGUACCUUGCCUGGUGGACACCGGUUCCAUGGUGUCCACCAUUACUGAAGGUUGGUUUGUGGCUAAUUUUGGGUUGUGGGGUCAGGAACAGCUUAAAGUGUGUCAUUGGUUACAGCUUCGAGCGGCCAAUGGCCUUUCAAUUCCUUAUGUUGGUUAUUUGGAACUAGACGUGGAGCUCUGUGGUAGAGUAGUUUUAGGUUGCGGUGUGCUGGUGGUCCGAGAUCCCCCUGGUGGCGUGUGUGUAGAUGUCCCUGGGGUGUUGGGCAUGAACAUCCUGGGCCGCUGCUACCAGGAGCUCUUUGGCCAGCAUGGCACAGCUCUCUUCAACCUACCAAUCGUGUCUCAGGCCCCUCAUUCUGUUUUUCAGGCUUUACAACAUUGCCAUCAGUUUGGCGGUCAGUCGGUUUCGGAUUGUGGGGGGCGAGUCAAAGUGCGGGGACGUCGGGCGUGUCGCAUCUCAGGUGGCACCAUGAAAUUUGUUGCUGCAACCUGUUCGGUGACAUAUUCGAGCGUUACAGUACUGUUUGAACCACCAGCAUCUGGUCUACCCUCAGGUUUGCUGGCAUCUCCUUCUCUUUUAAGGGUGGAUGGUGGUACAGUCUAUGUGCCCAUAGUUAAUGUUGGUACUGUGGAUGUGUUGCUGUACGCUAGCACUGUCAUUGGCACAGUGAAUAAGGUUGAUGUGAUUAGUUUGCCCCCAGAGGUCACAGAAGUUAAGAUGGUUACCGCCAAGGUGAGUACACAGGUUGUGCACGUUUCCCCCACUGUACAGGAACAGGUAGCUAUGCUAGAUCUAUCGGUGCUGCCAGAAGAAGAACAGGGUAAGGUCAGGGCAUUACUGGAGAAGUAUGUGUCUGUGUUCGCUAUGGACGACGGGGAUUUGGGAUGUACUAAUCUGAUAUCCCAUGAGAUCCCCUUGUUGGAUGACACCCCUGUUAGGCAGCGGUUUCGGCGUAUUCCUCCAUCCGAGUAUGAGGUGGUAAAGGCACAUAUCAAUCAAUUGUUGGAAAAUCGGGUAAUUAGAGAGAGCUGCAGUCCUUAUGCUUCGCCUAUUGUCUUGGUCAAAAAGAAGGAUGGUAGUUUACGCAUGUGCGUGGACUACCGUCGCUUAAAUUCAAAGACUAGGAAGGAUGCAUUCCCUCUACCACGUAUUGAGGAGACUUUGGACUCGCUGGCCGGGUCUGUAGCUGAGGGGGACAAAUUUAAAACUGCUUUUUGCACCCCGUUUGGCCUAUUUGAGUGGAAUAGGAUGCCUUUUGGGUUGUGCAAUGCCCCAAGCACCUUCCAACGAUUGAUGGAGCGGUUGUUUGGUGAUCAGCAAUGCCAGUCCCUUCUCUUAUAUCUUGAUGAUAUUGUUGUCUUUUCCUCCUCGGUGGAUCAACAUCUUGCUCGGAUGGAUGUCGUCCUGAGCCGCUUGCAGACUGAAGGGUUGAAGGCCAAACUAUCUAAGUGUGCCUUUUUCAAAAAGGAAGUACACUAUUUGGGGCACGUCAUCUCUUCAGAAGGAGUUUCUACUGACCCGGGGAGGGUAGAGGCAGUUGCACAAUGGCCUUGUCCCACCAGUGUUGCAGAGUUGCGCUCAUUUUUGGGAUUCGCUAGCUAUUAUUGACGGUUUGUUGAGGGGUUUGCCAAGUUGGCUGCCCCUCUUCACAGGUUGGUGGCUCAGCUGGCAAGCCCAAAGCGCCCGAAGCGGGGUGUUCAGGAGUUUGCUCAAGCUUGGUCCUCAGAAUGUCAGUGUGGCUUUGAGGGGUUGAAAGGUAAGUUAACCACAGCCCCAGUGCUCGCCUACGCUGACUUUUCACUACCUUUUAUUUUAGAGGUAGAUGCCAGUCAUGGAGGCUUAGGGGCAGUCCUUUCACAGGAGCAACAAGGCAAGGUACGCCCUAUAGCUUAUGGCAGUCGCAGUCUUAGGCCCUCUGAGCGCAAUACAUCGAACUACAGCUCAAUGAAACUGGAGUUUUUGGCGCUCAAGUGGGCCAUGACUGAAAAGUUUAGGGAGUACUUGUUGGGCCAGAAAUGCGUGGUGUUUACGGACAACAACCCCCUUAGCUACCUGACUUCUGCAAAGUUGGGUGCCAUGGAGCAGCGCUGGGCUGCCCAAUUGGCAUCGUUUGAUUUUGAGAUCAAAUAUAGGUCAGGGAGAAGCAAUCGCAAUGCUGACGCCUUGUCUCGUCAAAAUCUUCCGGGUACGGAAGUGCACCAGUUGUGUUCAGGUAUGGCCGUCCCAGUGGCGUUGCAGCAAGCUGCCCAAGGUGGAUUGGUGACUUUGGUCAACCAGAUGACCGCAUUUCCCUGUACUUCAAAUAGCGACCUGGUUGCUCAGCAGGUAGCAGACCCAGUCAUAGGAGAGUUGUUGCAGUUUUGGAGGCGUAAGUUGCCCCCGACUCCUGAUGAGCGCAAGACACUCUCCAGGUUGGCAAUUAUUCUGCUUCGGCAAUGGGACCGCCUAGUGGAGACUGAUGGAGUGCUCUACCGGCGUGUGUUCCGCUCAGACGGGGGAGAGGAAAUCUUCCAGGUGUUAUUGCCGGCAGUUAUGAAACACUAUGUCUUGACCCAGCUUCACCAACAGCAUGGGCACCAGGGGGUAGAGCGUACAUUUCAGCUAGUGCGCCAGCGAUGCUACUGGCCUGGUAUGUCGGCGGAUAUUGACCGCUGGUGUCAUGAGUGUGAGCGGUGCCAGUGUGCUAAAGGUGUCCCCAUUCCCCCGUCUAGUUUUAUGGGGCACCUGUUGGCUGCUCGGCCGAACGAUAUUGUGGCCUUGGAUUUUACAGUGUUAGAGCCUUCGAGGUCUGGCCUUGAGAAUGUGUUGGUCAUGACCGAUAUUUUCACAAAAUACACCUUGGCAGUACCCACUAGAGACCAACGGGCAGAGACUGUAGCUCAGGUUCUUGUAGUGGAGUGGUUUUGUAAAUUCGGCGUGCCGGGGCGCAUCCACUCUGACCAAGGUCGGAAUUUUGAAUCCGUCCUUAUUCAACAGCUCUGUUGUCUUUAUGGAGUCGAGAAGUCACGUACCACCCCAUAUCACCCGGCCGGAAACGGCCAGUGUGAGCGUUUUAACAGAACCUUGCAUGAUCUGUUGCGCACUUUGCCACACUCUAAAAAGGGUGAUUGGCCGUUUUGCCUCCCCCAGGUACUCUUUGCGUACAACACUACUCCUCAUCAGGCAACCGGGGAAUCUCCGUUUUUCCUAAUGUUUGGACAGGAACCUAGACUUCCUGUUGAUUUCUUACUGGGCAGAGUCCAAGAGCCAUUGGCAGGCGGGGUUAAUAGGUGGAUUCUGGAGCAGCAGGAUCGGUUGCAAGUUGCGUUUGAGGGUGCUCGUGAACGGUUGGGUGCUGCAGCCGAUCGGCGAAAGGCCCGUCAUGACCGGCGGGUGACGGAAGCACCACUGAAGGAGGGUCAGCUGGUAUACCUCCGUGAUCAUAGUGUGAGGGGUAGAUGUAAAAUCCAGGAUCUGUGGAGCUCAGUGGUGUACCAGGUCAUGAGGGCACCUAAGGAAGGUGGGGCGGUAUAUACCAUUGCUCCCAUUACAGAUCUGGGAAAAAUAAAGCAGGUGCACCGAUCUUUGCUGAAGGCUCAGAUCUGUCGGGAUCUGCCGAUUGGGUUGCCUGAUAGUCCGGUGACUGAACCUGUGCAGCCCUUGGAAGAGGGGUGUGAUGAGGAUUUGUUUGUCUUGGUGCCAGAGACACCACAAGGUAACAGAGGGUACUGCGGUUGA